AUGUAUUUUUUAUUAUUUUCGGACCGGAAUGAGACAGGUGGCAGGAGUCCAAACAGUGGAAUUCAGGUUGUCCCUCCAAUUGUAACAUCAUCAACUUUUGUUCAGGAAACUCCUGGGGAGCACACUGGUUUCCGUUACAGUAGAUAUGGAAAUCCAACCAGAAAUUCUCUAGAUGAGUGCUUAGCUUCAUUAGAUGAUGCCAAAUAUGCAAUUACAUUUUCAGCUGGUGUCGGUGCUUUAACUGCAAUUAUGGCAUCAUUUGAGUCUGGCGAUAAUUUAAUUUCAAGCAAGAAGUUUUUUGCUGGUGAUUUUAUUAUUUGGGAUACAUUUAAAAAGCUUGGAGUCGAAACUAAGUACAUUGAUUUUGAGGAUUUAAAUAAUUUGAAGGAAGCACUCGAUGAAAAGACAAGAAUGGUAUGGAUUGAGUCGCCAAUGAAUCCAUCAUUAACCGUUUUAGACAUCAAAGCUAUAGCUGAUAUUGUCCACUUAAAGUCAAAAGCAUUUCUUGUUGUCGAUAACACAUUUCUGACUCCAUACUUCCAACGCCCAUUAGAGCUUGGUGCAGACAUUGUAGCUUAUUCAAUUAGUAAGUUUAUUGGUGGUCAUUCGGAUAUUGUGGGUGGAUCAAUAGUUACAAACAAUCAAGAGCUGUACGAGAAAAUUAAAGCUUCUCAAAUUGCUCUUGGAGUCAUUCCCUCUCCAUUCACUUGUUAUCUUAUAAAUCGUAGCUUACGAACUUUAUCAGUUCGUAUGGAAAAGCAUUUUGAGAAUUCAUAUGCUGUUGCAAAAUUUUUGGAAUCACAUCCUAAAAUUGAAAAGGUCAAUCACCCAGCACUUAAGUCGCAUCAAGGAUUUGGAAUAGCAACAAAACAAUCUUACGGACAUUCUGGAAUUUUUUCAUUCUACAUUAAAAAUGGAACUUUAGAAAUGUCCAAGACAUUCUUCAAAUCUUUGAAGUUGGUGAUUGUCGGUGAAAGCUUGGGAGGUACAGAGACAUUAGCAUCAUUUCCUUGGGUUAUGUCUCAUUCAACAAUGCCUGAAGAUGAGCGAAUAAAAGCAGGAGUUACUGAAAGUUUGAUUAGAAUUUCAAUUGGACUUGAGGAUGUUCGUGAUGUGAUUGAAGAUUUAGGAUAUGCAUUAGAGGCUAUUUAA